GGUGAAGAAGAAGAUGAAGAGUGCUCCUAAGAAGAAGAAAAAUUCUGAAGAUGAGGAGGAGGAGGAGAAUGAUGAAGAUGAUGAUGAAACGCCACAAAAAAAGACAAAGAAGAAGAUAACCAAAGAGAAUACACCCACGAGUAGCAAAGACAAGAAAGCCAGAGCUAAAGAAAAAGAAAAUAAAAGUGAAUCUGAAAGCAAAGGAAAGGCAAACAAACCUAAAAAUGAAGCAGCCUCCAUGUUUCAGAUAAAUGGAGACAAACCAAACUUUGUCACUAAGAAGAAAGUUAUGAAGUCAGACAGCGAGGAGAGCGAAGCAGAAGUUAAACUGAGUAAAAGCAGGAAAAAGCCCAGCACCUCCAACACAGCCACCAUGUUCCAGACCGGAGGAGAGAAGGAGAAGAAGAAGGAGAAAGAGAAGAACAAUAAGAAAAAGAGUUCAGCAAAAGCUGAAGAAAGUGAAGAGGAAAACAUCACCAAAAAGAAGAAAGGCAAAGGGAAGAAAGGCAAGAAAGAAGAACGCCCUCCAUCUCCAGAGGUGGAGUUUGAUGAUCUGGAGGAGUUCGUCCUGCGGCCGGCGCCAGAGGGAAUGACCGUAAAAUGUAAAGUGACUCGAGAUAAACGUGGAAUGGACAGAGGAUUUUACCCCACGUACUACCUCCACCUGGACAAUGACAAAAAGGUUUUCCUCUUGGCUGGACGAAAAAGGAAGAAAAGCGCAACCUCAAAUUAUUUAAUCUCUAUAGAUGCCACAGAUUUAUCCCGAGGAGGAGACAAUUUCAUUGGAAAGCUGCGGUCGAAUCUGAUGGGCACUAAGUUUACUGUAUUUGAUAAUGGUCUGAAUCCUGACCGUGCACUCAGGGACCUGUCGAAUGCCCGGCAGGAACUGGCUGCUAUCAUCUACGAGACGAAUGUAUUGGGCUUUAAAGGGCCAAGGAAAAUGACCGUGAUAAUCCCAGGAAUGGACGAAGACAGUGAACGUGUUCCAAUUCGUGCCCAAAGUGAAAAUGAUGGGUUAUUGAUGCGUUUUCAGAACAGACAGAUGGAUAAUUUGAUUGAGCUCCAUAACAAGACACCUGUCUGGAAUGACGACACAGCUUCAUAUGUCCUAAACUUCUCUGGACGGGUGACUCAGGCGUCCAUCAAGAACUUCCAGAUUGUUCACAGCAAAGACAACAGUUAUAUCCUGAUGCAGUUCGGCCGUGUAUCAGAGGACACCUUCACUCUGGACUAUAAAUAUCCACUGUGUGCCGUCCAGGCAUUUGCCAUCGCGCUGUCCAGCUUCGAUGGAAAACUGGCCUGUGAAUGAAACCAAAUAUACAGGAAACAAAUGAACAACAAAGUGAGAGAAUUAAACAAAUAAACAGGAGGUGAAAACAUAGCGGACUCCGCGCCCAGCACCUCCAACAGCAGCAAUGCGUCCUCCUUUUCUCAGAUUCCUGCAUUCUUUCAUUUGGUUGUUUCAUUAGUGCCUGAUUCUGAACCGAGCUCCCAAGGACAGUGUGUGUGUGUGUGUGUGUGUGUGUGUGUGUGUGUGUGUGUGUGUAUGCACUGGACGUGCACUGCACUUUUUUGUUCAGUAACACUUCAUUUUGAUAGUCCACUGCUUAGUCUGUCUAACAUUCAACUAAGUAUCUAUUAAAUGCAUCUAAAUUUGAAA